AUGAGUGAUAAGUCGACAGAAAAUAGAUUUUCUGUGAAGGAAGUGAACGCCGAGCCGUACGCCGGCGGCGAUGACGACCACUACUUCACACGGGAAGCGCCGCCACGAGUGGACCACUACCGCAAUGUUAUGUCAGUCCACUGCCGCAUAUCGAGGCCAACGCUCGAAGAGCUGUUUGCCGGCCAAACGGACCAAACAUACCUCACGAAGUCAACCGAAACGUUAAAGUGUAGCCAAACAGAAGGUGUUAUCAAACUGGGAUGGAUUCAAGGCGUCCUCAUUCGCUGUGUUCUCAAUAUAUGGGGUGUAAUGCUGUUUAUGCGCCUCUCGUGGGUCGUCGGCGAAGCGGGUAUUGGUCUGGCGUUUGGUGUAAUGCUUAGCGCAACUUUGGUCACCACAAUCACAUCCAUCUCGAUGUGCGCCAUCUGUACCAAUGGUGAGGUGAGAGGCGGCGGCACUUAUUAUAUGAUAUCUCGAUCGCUGGGCCCGGAGUUUGGCGGCGCGAUCGGCAUUAUCUUCAGUCUGGCCAACGCUGUGGCCGUCGCUAUGUAUGUCAUAGGGUUUGCCGAAGCUCUCCAGGAUGUGCUCAAACGUAACUCUAUUGACGUGUCCGCCGGCUCUUGGUUUGACAUACGGAUCAUAUCUGCGGUCACUGUUUGUGUUUUGUUGGCCAUCGCUAUCAUAGGCAUGGAAUGGGAGUCCAAAGCGCAAAUCAUACUUCUGGUAAUCCUUUUGGUGGCAAUCGUCGACUUUAUCAUCGGAUCCCUAAUCCCUCCCAAUGAGAACCAGAAGGCAAAGGGAUUCGUCGGAUGGAAUAUGACACUUAUGGUCGAAAAUUUUUGGCCCGAAUUUCGCGAAGACAACACAUUCUUCUCGGUGUUCGCCGUAUUCUUCCCGUCGGUGACGGGUAUACUCGCGGGCGCCAACAUAUCGGGCGAUUUGAAAAACCCCCAAGGUGCUAUUCCCAAAGGCUCGUUGCUCGCCAUUCUCAUCACAUCCGCCACAUAUAUGCUCUUCGCCCUCAUAUGCGGGGCAACCGUUUUGCGCGACGCCGACGGUAUCGGCCUUCCGGCCAACUGUACGCUCGGCGACUGUGCGUACGGUUUGCACAAUCACUUCCAAGUUAUAGAACUGGUGUCACUGUUUGGACCCAUUGUCUACGGCGGCGUUUUCGCCGCCACUCUGUCCUCGGCGUUGGCAUCGCUGGUAUCGGCGCCCAAAGUAUUUCAGGCCCUUUGCGACGACAAACUCUUCCCAUACAUCGGUUACUUCGGCAAAGGUUACGGACCCAAUCGAGAGCCUCGUCGGGCGUAUGUACUGGCAUUCGCCGUCGCUCUGGUCAGUUGUCUGUCCGGUCAGCUCAACCUAAUAGCGCCCAUUAUCUCCAACUUCUUCCUGUGCGCCUACGCUCUCAUCAACUUUUCCUGUUUUCACGCCUCCUUCGCCAAGAGUCCCGGCUUUCGGCCCUCAUUUCGCUUCUACAACAAGUGGGUGUCACUGAUUGGCGCCGCCGUAUCAGUGCUGGUCAUGUUCACCGGCCGCUGGCCAAUGGCUUUGGCCACUUAUUUAGUGGUCGGUGCCCUCUAUCUCUACCUCAUGUACCGUAAACCAGAUGUCAAUUGGGGCUCUUCUCGUGACGCCAAGUCCUAUAUAUCGGCCAUUUCUAGUGUCCAUAAACUCAAUGCCAUCCCAUUUCAUGUCAAAAACUACAGACCCCAACUCCUGGUUCUGAGUGCCGGGACCAGCGAUAGGCCGGCGCUCGUCGACUUUGGCUACUCUAUUGUCAAGAAAGUGGGUUUUAUGAUAUGUGCACACAUUGUCGACGUGAAAUUGUCUCAAAGAAGUCGCGAUAAGUUGUUUAGUGACGGCAAUACUGCGCUCAGAGAGCGACACAUCAAAGGCUUUUACGCGUUGGCCGACGACCACAACUUCGCUUCCGGCGUCCGAUCACUCGUUCAGUCGGUAGGCAUUGGAAAACUGCGCCCAAAUGUGGUUAUGAUUGGCUUUAAAAACGAUUGGUUGCAAUGCGAGUACAAAGAGGUCGUCGACUACUUCGCCGCCAUUCAUCACGUGUUUGAUAACUCUCUGGCGCUGGCGAUACUGCGGCUGAGGGACGGACUGGACGUCUCCAGAUUGGCCGGAGUGGCAGAACUGAUCCAAGAGAGCAAAAAGACUUCGUCGACAAAGAGUCACUCGUUUUCACUGCCAGAGACUCCCGGAAUGUGCGCUACGGAGGGCGCGGCCGCUCUAAUGGCCGCCAAUCAGUUCCGUUGGCGGCAACGGACGGGUCAUCUGGACGUGUGGUGGCUGUACGACGACGGAGGCCUCACUCUUCUCCUCCCACACCUCCUCCGCAAACGCAAACAAUGGGCCGAUACUCAGCUCCGGGUGUUUGCGUUGGCCCGCAAUGGCGGCGACGGAGAGCUCGAGAGACAACAGAUGAAGAUUUUGUUGGAAAAGUUUCGGAUCGACAGCGAAGUGAUUAUUCUGUGCGACGCCGGGAGAGCGCCGACAGACAUAUCGAAGAAACGGUUUGAGGCCGUAGUCCAGCCGUGGCUCACAAACGAGGACUCGUCCGGCGAUGGCAUCACUGACAAUGAGAUGACUGCUCUUCGCGAUAAGACCAACCGUCACAUCCGUCUCCAUGAGCUCGUAUGGGAACACUCGCGACACUCGGAGCUCAUUGUAAUGACACUUCCGAUGCCGCGGAAGGACUCGUGUUCGGCCGCCCUUUACAUGUCGUGGUUGGAGGUGUUGUCCGCCGAUUUGCCCCCUUUUCUCUUCGUGAGGGGAGACCAGAGCGAUGUCCUCACCUUUUACUCUUGAUUUCAAUGCAUUUUCCACAUUAUUUUAAUUGCAUUUUAUUAAUUAAUCAAUGGUUUUAAGAUCUA